AUCCGGAAAGUUUAAACACAAACAAUAGUUUUUUUAUAUUACAAAACGAUUUUAGCAAUGAUCAUCUUACCAGUUCUUCUUACAACUUUGAUCUUUUUACUGAUGCUAGUUUUUUUUAUAACACUGUUAAUAUUCCUGUUGAUACUGGUUCUUCUUAUAACAACUUUGACUUUCUUAUUAGCACAAGUCUUUUUUACAACACUUUUGAUCACCUUAUUGAUGCCAGUUCUUUGCAUAACCCUCUAAUAUUGAAUGAUAGCAACCCAAAAGAUGAUUUUGGAAAUGAUCAUCUUUUUGUUGAUGUUAGGUCCUCUUCAUAUAAUGUUUUUGCAAAGGAUGAUUUUAGAAUUGAUAAUUAUCUUAGUAGUGCCAACCUUAAUAGUGAAUCAGUUAGUGCAAAUUCCAAAGAUUAUGAAGAUUUAGAGGCACCACAUUUUAGGAAAUUAACACCAGAAAUAUUAGCAGAUAUAAAAAAAUAUAUAAUACUUGGUCAAAUAGAUUCUGGUUCUGGGCUGAAAAUAAUCCAGGGAUUAGAUACAUCUCAAAUGCUUCAGAUGUUAUUAAAUUGGAAAGAAUUCGAUCUUUUAUGGAUAGUAAAAGCAUAUUUAGAACCUUCAUCUCGAAAAUUAAGUAGAUUGUUAUGGAUAUCCUUAUCACAAUGA